CGGAUGGGAGGCGGGUGAAAAAUAAGGAGGGAGGGCUUUUGCAAGGAGAAUGGGGGAAAAAAAUAAUAAUGCACGUCUCUCCUCCCUGUGACGUUUGCACCGGUCCAGUCCCGGGCUCCUGCCGGCUUCUCGUCCCGCUCAAGCAGAAAGCUCUCCACUUGCUCCCAAUCCGCCGACGCGCACGGUGCACCGGGUUUGCGUCUUUCCCAACACGCUGUCCCACAUCUAGUCAGCGACGUGUCCUUGCUUUACUCAGACCGAGUGGGGAGUGAACAACAGCAAGAGUGCGAAAGAGGCAGAAGAGGGCAAAGAGAUAAAUCCAUAAAGGAAAGAAGAAGAGGAAAGAGGUCUCCACCGAGAAGAUGCUGACAGCAGCCGGUGUGUUGGCUGUGGUCGCUCUGGGAUUGAGCGCAGCUCACUCCAAUGUGAAUAAACACAAGCCAUGGAUUGAGACGUCAUACCAUGGGGUAAUCACUGAAAACACUGAUGUUGUUCUACUUGAUCCUCCUUUGGUGGCUCUGGACAAGGAUGCUCCCAUCCCAUAUGCAGGGGAGAUCUGUGCGUUCAACAUCCAUGGGUUGGAGGCUCCAUUCAAGGCAGUGGUGCUGAACGGUACAUCCGGGGAGGGCCAACUGAGGGCUCGUUCCCUGGUGGACUGCGAACGGCAGAAGGAGUACACCUUCAUCGUUCAGGCUCAUGACUGUGGUUCAGGCCCAGGGGGCACAGAGGGCAAGAAGUCCCACAAGGCGGUGGUCCAUAUUCAAGUCAACGAUGUCAAUGAAUUUGCUCCAGUGUUCCGGCAGCCCGAUUAUCAAGCUGCAGUGACAGAAGGCAAGAUUUAUGACAGCAUCCUACAAGUGGAAGCCACAGAUCAGGACUGUUCACCUCAAUACAGCCAAAUUUGUAACUACCAGAUUACUACAACUAACACACCCUUCGCUAUAGACCGCAAUGGUAACAUCCGAAACACAGAGAAGCUGAUCUAUGACCGAGAGCAGCAAUACGAGAUACAUGUGACGGCUUGGGACUGUGGCCAGAAGAGAGCCUUGCAGAGCAUCCCCGUGCGAAUUGACGUCAAGCCUGUCUGCAAACCUGGUUGGCAGGGCUGGAAUAAACGAGUUGACUACGAGCCCGGAACAGGAAGCAAACCGCUGUUUCCUCAAAUGCAUCUGGAAACAUGUGGUGGGCUGCUGUCUUCUGCGAGAACUACAGUUGAGCUGCUGACCAAUCACAUUGGAAAGGGAUGUGACCGUGACACCUACUCUGAGAAGUCCCUACAAAAACUAUGUGGAGCCUCAUCAGGCAGCACUGAUCUUUUGCCUGCCCCCUCCGCUACCACGAACUGGACAGCUUCUCUGAUGACAGACAGUGGGAGAGACAGUGACUUAAUUUUUAGGUUUGAUGGUCACCAGGCAGCUAAAAUCCCAGACUUGGUGGUGCCCCAGAACUUGACGGACCAGUUCACGAUAGCAACCUGGAUGAAGCAUGGGCCCAGCCCUGGUAUCAGGGCUGAAAAGGAGACCCUUCUUUGUAAUUCUGACAAGAUAGAGAUGAAUCGCCACCACUACUCCCUGUAUGUCCACAAUUGCCGCCUAGUGUUUCUGCUAAGGAGGGACUUUACUCAGGUGGACACGUUCAGACCUGCCGAGUUCCACUGGAAACUGGAUCAGAUCUGCGACAAGGAAUGGCACUACUACGUCAUCAACGUGGAGUUUCCAGCGGUGACACUCUACGUGGACGGAGUGACAUAUGAUCCCUAUCUGGUGACAGAUGACUGGCCCAUCCAUCCUUCCCAGAUUGACGUACAACUUACAGUUGGUGCCUGCUGGCAAGGUGGUGAGGUGACCAAGCCAAGGUUUACUCAGUACUUCAGAGGCAGCUUAUCUGGAUUGACCAUCCGACCAGGCAAGAUUGAGAGUCAAAAAGUAAUUUCCUGUCUGCAGGCUUGCAAAGAAGGACUGGACAUCAACUCCCUUGAAAGCUUGGAUAAGAACAUCAAGUUUCACUUUAACCCAGCUCAGUCAAUCCUGGUGAUGGAGGGAGAGGAUUUAGAAAACAUGAAUGUUGCCGUGAGAAAAGUCUCCUACAUAAACUCUCGACAGUUUCCCACUCCAGGAGUGCGACAUCUUCGCAUCUCUACUACUGUCCAGUGUUUUGGUGAAGACACUUGUCUCACCAUCCCUGACAUUGAAGCAGUAGUAAUGGUGCUGCAGCCCAGCAAGCCCAUGAUAACCAUCACCGGAUUAGAAAGACAGAGUUGGCCAGCUUCUGACCUCAGGGGGCCGAAAGGUGUUAGGCUAUUCCAGCAGCUCCACAUCAUCAGCACGGUCAACAGGGGAGAUGCUGCUGCCCAUAACACAGAGCAAAGACAAGGACGCCUGGAGCAGAUCAUUCACAAUUUGGACUACUGCGACAUUCUGGUGUUGGGUGAAGAGUUGAGGCCUGACCAGGAGUCACUCCAGCUGCAGCGCAGCAUUCUGCUUGGAAAACACCUAGAUGCCACUAAUUCCACAUCUGGGAUGUCCGUAUAUGGUGUGGAGUCCAUGGCUAAUUAUGAAAACGUGAUCCGAGAAGUGCGUUACUACAACUGGCGACCAACGCAGCUCACAGAGAGAAGGUUCCGUCUUACAUGUUCAGAGCUCAACGGACGCUACACCAGCAAUGAAUUGAACUUGGAGGUGAGCGUACUCCACAGUUCAGAGGUGAAAGAACACGUCAGUCAGAUCGCACCUUUACCUCAGCACAUGAAAUUAGUUCACCAUCCAGCUAUGAUUGAUGAAAUCUACCCUGCGCAUAGCUCAGGGGUCCCGAGUGCCGUCACAGUGGUCAUUGUGAUGUGUAUCGCCGUCCUGGUGGUGGUGGUGGUGUUAGGCAUCUACCGCAUCCAUCUAACCCACCAGCAAGAAAUCAAGCUGUCUGAGACGACCAAAGAGGAAAACGGAACCUGGGACGACUCAGCCCUGUCCAUCACCGUCAACCCGAUGGAGAAUCUGCAGGAUCCCCAGGCCGCGGAGCAAGAGGUGAGUGAGGAAGAGGAUGAAGACGAAGAAGAGGAGGAUGAUAUCACUAGUGCAGAGUCGGAUGACAGCGAGGAAGAAGUCGACGUCCAACUACCCAGGAUGCAGGGAACGAAGCGUCUGAACUGGGACAAAACAAUAUCUAAUUAAAUUCUCAAUCACAAACAUUCACACGAUCAAUAUGGCUGUAAGAAAACAUCAAAUGAUGAUGGCUGACACACACUAAAACAAUCAGGUAGACGUACAAACUUUGUGGUAUUGAAAAAUGAUGUAAUAUCGCCCCCCACUGGAUUUAAUUACACCCGGCCUAACACCUAGCACAUAAUGUAAACUAGAAAAAUAAAAACAAAUUAAAAUUUUACAAAAAAUUGAAAUACAACUAAAUUUACUGUUAAUAGGUACAGUAAAUGUCAUUUCACUACAAAAGUCACACAAUUUAGCAAAGCUUAAUGAAACAAAUUCUGCAAAGAUUUCUGAUACAAAAUAAUGCAAGUGGCUAAAAUUUAUAUUAUUAUUUGGAUUUUUGUACAAUGUGUGAUGUAGCCAUCUUUAUCUCAGCCCUUGCGGCAAAGUCAGGUGAUUUUACUGAAAUAGCAUAUUUUCAAUGGAACUCUAAAAGUAACACACA